AGUCCCUAUACUUUCUUCCUACAUCCCAAGCCAUCAUCACGCGACAAAGUUCUUUCUAUACCCCAAAUGAGCGCCAAACUCGGGAUUCAUAAACCUGGACUUGGCUUGUUGAUGGCCACUAUCUCCUAGACAUUUAGAUAGGCUGUGCACCAUCCAAGGCUUCUAACAAUGACAAUGUUGUGGGCACAGCUUAGGAGAAUUGCACCACCUAGAUUACCUCCUAGACCACCUAGGCCUAAUCGCAUAUUCGGGGCCGGUUCCUCGAGGCGCGCGUAUGGAACCGAGCCUAAUAUCCCGAAGGAGUUUCUCCCGCCCGUCCCGGUCCUGAGACCGACGCUGUGGGCCCUAACCGCCACGGCCACCAUCUUUCUCGGAUGCGCAGCCUACGACGUCCAUCGAGACGUCCGGGACCUCAAGAGGAGAGGGCUUCUCAAAAACGUAAGAGAAGCGUCGUACGAGGACGUGGAAAUCGCCAAGCAUCGCGGCGGGCAUUCUUCGCGGCGUUCCUCUUCCCGCUCGUCGCCAUCGUCGCCGUCGAAGUACUACCCGCCGGGCCAGCUCGGCGAAGUGCUCGCGGCGUACAACGACGCGGAGAAGGUGCUGCUGGGGUUCUCGGCGCUGAACAUCAGCCUGCUGGGGGCGCACUACAUGGCGCUGAUCCAGCACUUCGGGCACGUGCCGUGCUUCAGCCCCAACUACACGCUGCUGACGUCGAUGUUCGGCCACACGGGCCUGCUGCACGCCGGCCUCAACACCUUCGUGCUCCUCCAGUUCGCGCCCCAGGUCGCCGGCGAGCCCCGCGUGUUCGCCGGCAACGGCUGCCACUUCGCCGCCUUCUACCUCUCCGCCGGCAUCCUCUCGUCCCUCGGCUCCCAGAUCUCUUCCAUCCUGCCCUCGCGGAAUUAUCAGUACAGACGCCUCGUUCCGCACAUGGGGGCUAGCGGCGUGAUCUCGGCCUUUCUAGCGAUGUGGGCGGCCCUGUACCCGGAGGCGUCGAUCGGGAUUCUGUUCGUGCCGGGGAGCUACUCGGCGCAGAACUUCCUGCUGGCGCUCGUGGCCUUCGAGACGUGCGGGUUGUUCUUCGGGAUACCGCUCGUGAAGUUCGCGCACGGCCAGCACCUCGCGGGCCUGGCGAUCGGGUGGGCCUACGCGCGCUACGACGGCAAAAAGCACGUGUGGCGGCCCUCUCGCAAGGCCGCGUUCGCGGUCAUGAAGCGCUUGCAUUUGGUGUAGAGGAGAGGAAGCGGAACGAAGCGAUGUGUGCACGUGGGAUGGUUUUAAGGGGUAAGGGGUAAGGGGAUAAUAAGGCUUGAUAAAGUGAGGCUAUAGCCAUGUCUUAUACCUCAACCUCCCCUACUUAGGAGCUAGGUAGCUCCUUUAAUGUUUUCCAGUUUUAGUAGCGUCGACAGCUAAGGAAGAACCCAGAUAUGAGAAGAGUACCUGAUAGGUAGGUACAUUUAUCAGGUCAACCGUGAGCAUACAAUAGUCGCUAAAGAGCGUGUUAAAUUCUUUACUUUCAAGCUUAGGUACGUUAGUAGGUAUUUAGCUAGUAUCGUUACUGAAUACCCCUUCAGAGCUCCAUAGAGAUGUCUGGUUGUAUAUAUGAUCCUAUCAGUCAUUGAUUUGUUAGUAGGCGGGUUUAAUUGUUUUUGAUUUAUAUUGUUGUACUUUGUAUCAUUACGGCUGUCAAGUGUCAACACCUAUUGCCAAAAGCUCACUUAUGUACCCCGGUACCUAGGUACCUAACGUAUGGCC